GUAGCAUAGUCUCACGCGCUGUACGCACUUUGUUAUUUAUUUACAGAGUUGAAUAAUUCUAGCAAAUCGUCUGCUUCUCUUUAAAGCGCGCGCGUGUGCACGGAAGGACGCUUGUUUGUACACACAGUAUAUACAACUCGCGAGCAUAUACCCCAACACAUGGGCCGAGAGCGGUGUGUUGAAUGUAUUAGGCUCACAGGCAGUUUUAUAAUAGUUCUAAAGUAAUUACAAAGAGAUCAAGUUGGUAGCAUUCCAAUUUGAGUUCAGUUCGAGUACGGAUUCCACUAUGGAUGUACCAAGUCUCUCAAACUUGCUGUUUUGUUCUGUGUUUUUUCUGGGAUUUCUGGAAAAUAGCUGUGUCGGCCAGAAGCUGGAGAUCUCUGCUUUUGAGUACAACCGGAAAUUUGGAUCAGCUCUGGACAUUGGCCAGUGUUCCCUUAAAAUUGAAGAGAUUUCAACAGGUGUUCCGGUAACCAGGAGCUGCAAUUUACCCAAUAAACAGGGACCUAUACGAAGUGUAUCCAAGGUCCUGAAUGACACUCGCAAUUUUGAAGUUCGGCGAUACAAUGACAUCUUCGUGUUCAUGGGACUGUGUGACGCUAAGACAGUGUCGAGUCUUGGGCUUUUGCACAAAGGCGACUGCUUUGCGGUGGAAAUAGCCAGUAACCUCACCUUCAACCGUAAGACCUACAUCCGGGCCUACGUGGAGUACUACCGCCGGAGCGUGGACAUACAGGAGGAUGGAAUAGCAGUAAAUCCAGCAAUGGCACAGCAUUACAAUGGGGCGUACUACCUUCGGGAUAGAAGCUACGGCAUACUUGAGAUCAUUGUCGUCGAGAUGAAGUUCCGGCAUGCGAGGGCCGUGAAGCUCUUGACAAAGGCCAACUACCAGUCGCAGUCUAUGCAUGAUCAUAUGAUAUUCGCUGAUAACGAGGCAGGAGAGCCCUACAAUACAAAGAUUAUUCGAAUAUCUACUGCAGAGAACAAGGUUGAAAUGACCCAGUUUAGGAGGAAACAGUUCUUAAAUGCCUGCAGACAUGUAAAGCGAUAUGAGCAAGAUCUGUACCGUCUCCGCGAGGAAAUGUAUUCAAGGAAGCCGCAUCUCAAUUACGGGAUGUUACCGUUUCUUCCUAAACCCAGAGCUUUAGGACUUUCAAGCGGAGGUGACAUGCUGACAUGGGAGACUGCCACAGCGAUAGAAAUAACGAUCAAUCGGGGCAUUACCAUCUACAAAACCCUCAAACGGACGUGUAACCGAGCCAAGAUUCCAAGAUGCAGCCUACUGAAAUACGUCAAACGCGAGUUAAGGAGCAUCAAAACAAUCAUUCACAACAAAAGGUCAAAAUGGAGUUAUCUCCCCGCCGAAGAACAGGUCACGACCAACAAACUGUACAGUGGACGCGUGCGCAGAAUACAAAAGGAAAUUGCUAGCAUCCGCAAGAGUCUAAAGCAAUGGCGUAUUCAGCAAAGAAAAACGAAGACCGCCAUAAAGCUUGCUAAACGACGCAAAGCCAAAUCAAAAUCGCAGAAAUAUCCAUCCCUAUGGACGAGAGACAAAACGAAGGACAACAGAGUGCAUAUUUCGUGACAUUUCUGACAAUCCAGACAUCACUCGAUACCUUUACCUAUAUAUUACAAAGUUACAGCACAACAAGGUGGUAUCACAAUUGACAAUGCCAGUAAAUGGUUUCGGAUGGUACAAUUUGAAUAGGGCUUGCCUUCUAUAUAUAUUUCUCUUUUGACGAUAGCUUUUCAUCGGUCUGUAAACUUGGAAUUUUUACAGUGAAAGUUUGUGGUAAAUAAAGUGACAUUUUGAAAAGGAAAUGUACGAAACAAUGAAUGAUGUACAUAGACGUUAUUGCUGUAUACAGAUAUGUGUAAAAUUUUCUAUAAUAUGAACAAGUGAACGAUUGUGCCAAGUGAAGACACUGUAUGAAACAGUGAAAUUUUCAUAUAAAACUACGUGUUUUCUUCAAGUUGCAGGUCAAGACAUACAUUUGCAGCUAGCCUGAGUGUUUUAAUGCACUGAAUACUGUUCAUGUAGGACAUAACAGCAAAUGACAACGUCAUGUGCGACAUUAAUUGCCAACAUCAGAUUAUUGCCAAAAUAAGGUUAUUGACCUCGUUAAGUUGCGUGGAUUCAGUAUUUCAGUAUAUACCCACGCUAUGCUUCCGGUAGCAGUUCAUGUUAUUGAAAUUAAAACCUCACUCUGAACGGGAAAUAGGAAGUGAUGCAGGCAAUUACAACAUUGUUUCAACUUCCCUUUUCUUAAUUUCUUGUUAAAAUGAACUUAAGUUUCAUUAAACUAGUUCAGUUCCUUCAUAUAAAAAAUCAACACAUGAUCGGAGUGUCUACAUUAACGUUAUCUAUCAAAAUAUUGAGACAUUUUGCAUCUACUGUCCUUGUGGUCGGGAAACAUGAUUCUUUGUUUCCCAGAUAUGAAUUUUGUUUUAAUCGAGCUUAUGGUUAGUCUUGAGGAAACAAAAAGAAUUUGUUUUGAUUUACCUAAACAACAGAACAAUAACACAAAAGUAAAGAUUAUCCUGCUUGCGCACAAUUAAUGUUAUCUUCUAAAGUCAUCCUAGUUAUUGAUAUAUCGGGAAACAAAUUCGAGAGCGAGAGGGAAUCGGGACGUUUUACAUCAGCCAUGUGAUCAGCUUGAUCCAAUCAAACACGCAUGGUAAAUUGUUUUGCAUCUUGGCGCUUUCAAUUUUGACUGCUAUACAGAUUUCAUAGUUUAUUUAUUUAUUCAUUUACCUUUUUUGGGCUGAUUUUUUAAAUGCAAAAUUAGCGAAAACAUUUAUUAGCGAAAACAUUUACACAGCAAAACACUCAUUUUAUACAGUAUCAACAAGUGGUUAUAUAUUGUGAUAUUGUGAUAUUUACAUUUUAUCUAUUUGUUUAAUGACGAGCGUUAAAAGAAAUGGUCGUAAAAAAGUAUCCAAGCAUAACAAGUAGUUUCAUUUUACGAAUAAAACAAUAUUGUUGCUAGGAUUAUUUGAAUGCGUUGCAGAGUUGCUAAAGUACUUGAUGUCAGUAUUGUUGUCGUAAUGCGUGUGUAUGUUAUGGUACUGUCACGGUCGCAAUGUCUCCGAGCUGAAACACUAUAUGUUAAUUAAAAAUAGUUCAGUAGUUCCGGGGUAAAUUGUGCUUGUCAUGUUUUAGAUUUUUUGACGUUAAGAUGUGUGUAAAUAUUUUCAAAGUGACAUAGACAGUAUUAUCUUCAUGGCUGGUUUCUCCGUUACUUUGAGUCAUUCGUAGGCUGAAAUAAGAAAAAGGCAAAACAAAAUAAAAAGUGUUCCGUGCAUUACGUGAUAUUGAUUAAUGUUUGCUUUGAUUGUUUUCAAUAAUUGGCGUGAAUGUUAAUUUACACAAAACAAUAUCGUUCCGUCUUCACCGUAAAACCGUUCACAAAGUUUGUUUGGCAUAGCCAGUAUAGUAUUGAAUAACUUGCUGUUGUUAUGCCGCUAAUGUUGAACGUUAUAGUAGAGUCAAGGUUCCCAUGACUGUACUGCUUGUCAUUUUCGAAAUAUUUCCACGUUUCAAAAUGUAUUUCUUUAAUAUCGUUUACCUUGCAAGUAGAGCAAUAUUAGCAUAAGUGUGGUUAUAAGUCCCUUUCCUUUCCAAGUGUUACAGAGACAUGUGGACGCACACUUGAAAGUCAGAGAUCUCAUGGUUUCACGUCAACUUCUUUUUGAGGACAUAAGGGUAAGUGAUAGAUGAAAAAAAUGCGUCUUACAUUUUAUAUAUAUCCCAAUAGAAAUUCUGUACCGACAAAAUGUGAAGUGGACUCGUAAGUUCUAAAAGUAGUAUGUUGCUAUCAAGUUUCUAGUGUUUUAACUACACUUUUAAGAUUUAUGCUUUACAUUUAUGUAACACGUCCAAUAGCAUACUAAUUAGAACGUUCGUUGUUAUUGGUAUUCAGGUCGGUAUUAGAGAUCUUAAUUGUAUUUUUUUUUCUCCAAAGAACUUUGAACGGGCAUGCCCAUAAGGUUUGAUAGUUUGUUUUUGAAUAACGGCACAAAUUGUUAAACAAAGCAAUCUUAACAAAAUCAGAAUACUGCAUAUGAUGAAUUCAAUAACCCGGCGUAUAUUUCUGUUGAAAUACAUUUCAUGUACAUCUGUUAUAACUGAUGAUUGUUAAACAAACAUUAUCAUUUAAAAGAAGAAAAAAAUAAAUGAAAAUAUAUAUCAGGAAUUCAUCUAAAUGGAUAUGUUUAAAUCAGCGCUAAUGAGACGUUUGAAACGCAAUCCCAAAAGGUAUUAUUCACAAAAAAAGAAAUUUCCAGUAUCAAAAUCUAUCGGAUAACUUAUGUCAGGUAAUGGUUUUCCAUUUUCUUUAUAUUCUGUAGUAUUUGAACAGCAACGGCUUUUCGGAGCAGAAGUAACGAUGUACAUUGUACUAAAUUGUGAAGCGCAUGUACUUGUAUUGAUUUAUUAUGCUAUUUGUAAUUUGAUAUCAUAUCUGAGAUUUUUAUGUCAAGAAUUUGAUUUGCUAUGGGUAUGACUUAAAUGACAUUUAUGGUAUAAAGUUUAGUUUAUAUACCGUUCUUUUACUGAUAGUAUGAUAUAAGUAAACGCCUAAACUCUUAUUAAAUUGUCCAAAUUAAUGGUAUACUAGCAUGUUUCUGAUGUUCGAGCCGAGUCUCGGAUAAAAAGGAAAUGGACUUCUGAGAUUCUCAUAAACUUUGUGGUAUUGGCAAUAGUUUUGAAGUCAUACCAAACACGCAGAACUGACUUGAAACUCUAAUUAAGACAUUUAUUUUCUUAAAAGAGGAAAGUGUCCUUGCCAUCUGCAUGGAUAUACACUGUAAAACCUGGUUCAAAGUUAUAAAUGCAGGGAUAUAAACCGAUAUUCAGUCUUUUGUCUUGUUUUUGUUUUGAAAUGUUAUGACAUUUGUGAGUGCAACAAAGUGUAUUUUCACUUCAACCGCCUUUUAACUUCACAUUUCGAUAUGUAGAAUUCCUGUAUUUUCAGUAUAAAUACAUGUAUACGAUGUAUUAUGUCUAAAAAGACGCCGUACUGCAACAGCUAAAAUUCACGCUCUUUUUGUAAAUUUCUAGAACAUUUAUUAUAGGUUGAACUGGUGAGUAAUACAAAUUAGAAGGAAAGCAGUCCGCUCACGAUGAUUUAUCGCUGAGUGGAAUAACUCUGUUUAAUGACUGAAAGCACUUAGUGUAAGUAUUUCAUUUUUUUCGCCAAAUUAAUUGUAAGAUUUAUUUUAACAUACAAAAACAUUAACAGAAAAUCAUAUGAACAUCUGUGUUUUCCAGAUUUCUUGUACAAACUUUAAAGUGUAUGCAAAUUAGUGAAUGUUAUGUUAAUGGACGUAAAAUGAAAGUUUAACGUCAUUGCUUACAAAGCAACCCAUUUGUUGUCUUUGUGUUAUUAGCGGCUUUUAUGGGAGUUAUCUUAACAGUUUACUGCUGUUUCAGCCAUAGUUAUAAACGAAGAAUGAAAUAUUUAAGCUUAACUGAAAACUAGAAAAAUGGGAUAAAUUACUUUGAUUUUAUGAGGAACGACUAUUUUCAUUCUUAUUCAACUUACUCCGCAAUACAUGUAAAGUGAAAAUGAGUAAAUUCACUGCGCCAUAUCAUGUCCUGAGUAUCGUGAAUCUAUGGAUAAAUUCAUACGUCCAGUUGACACAUUUAUUUCUAAACCAGUACUAUCUAUUGGCGACCCUGUAAUAGUUCGAUGGGGUGGUAGUACAAAAAAACACCAACAUUUUGAUUAACCAUCUACAUGUAAUAUGUCAUAAAUUGCACACACAUCUAACCACUAUUUGUAUAUAAUGUAAAUAUAUUGACUGUAUAUCAUUAAAUAUUGACAGCUUUUAUUGUUCGCUACCGAUGUUUCUUAGAGCACAUCAGUAAAUGAGCAUUGAGAAGAAUGUCACAAACAAGUCACUGUCAAUGUGACAUCGACACGAACAAGUCACUGUCAAUGUGACAUCGACACGAACAAGUCACUGUCAAUGUGACAUCGAACAAGUCGCUGUUAUUGUGACAUCGACACGAACAAGUCACUGUCAAUGUGACAUUGACACGAACAAGUCGCUGUCAAUGUGACAUCGACACGAACAAGACACUGUCAAUGUGACAUCGACACAAACAAGUCACUGUCAAUGUGACAUCGACACGAACAAGUCACUGUCAAUGUGACAUUGACACGAACAAGUCACUGUCAAUGUGACAUCGACACGAACAAGUCACUGCCAAUGUGACAUCGACACGAACAAGACACUGUCAAUCUGACAUCGACACGAACAAGUCACUGUCAAUGUGACAUCGACACGAACAGGUCACUGUUAAUGUGACAUCGACACGAACAAGUCACUGUUAAUGUGACAUCGACACGAACAAGUCACUGUUAAUGUGACAAUGUGACAUCGACACGAACAAGUCACUGUUAAUGUGACAUCGACAAGAACAAGUCACUGUUUAUGUGACAUCGACACGAACAAGUCACUGUCAUUGUGACAUUAUUCUCUUACAUUAUCCGUUUAUAUUGUGUACAUAAGAAGAUGUAAAUAAUAUUGACAGCUGCCAUGUAUAUUUCGUGUUAUUUUGUUCCUGUCCUUUCACGUGUUUGUGAGCAUGGCAUUACUUUUUAAUGACGUGACGUAUUGAUGAUAAUAUUAUUCAUGUUGAUUUCGCUUUUCAUGGUACAAUGCACCAUAAAUCGAGUUUAUGUCAUGGGUUUGUAGCAUAAUAGUCAUAUAUAAUUCGUGUGUUCAUUGAAAUAAUGUUCACGUCUAUUACGUGACACAAGUAUGUUGUAUGUUCAUGACAUUAGUAUUUGCGUAUAAAUAUAGUUUUAAUGGCAUUAACAAAUAAAACAUGAA